UUCGCGAUCGGCUAGGUAAAUAUUUCCUUUUAAAAAUUGCAGUUAGACCCGUAUUUCGUCCGGCUGGUCCACCGGAGUCCGUAGAAUUGAUAGUGUCCGUGUAGAAGUGUCGUGUGGAUUGGUUUACGUGGUUUCCGUCGCGGCUAUGAAGUGUAUUGUGCCAUCGUGCGGGAGUGAUUUCCACGACAGCAAAAAUUCGAAAUACUCAAAACAUAGAUUUCCCAAGGAAACGGCCAAGCGUUUGGAAUGGAUCAAGUCCAUAGCAGCGAAGGAUCCUCAAAUUGUCCUUAAGGCUAUAAAUUUCAAAUGCGCUCUAAUCUGCUCUAAGCACUUCGCUUCUGACUGCUUCAGUGUUACUGCAGAAAGAGCAACUCUCAGGAAAACAGCUUGCCCUACACUAUUUGAAGUUCCGCAAGAAAGAAACCGGAUCCCAUCGGCUGUGAAGGAAACCGUCGUCAACAGGCAGCAUGAGCAAAGUGAGCAAAAGCCCGUGAAAACUAUACGAUACGUCGGGGACAUAUCCGAAAAUUUGACGAACGAACAGCUAUCAGCAGCUAGGCAGAAGAUAAAGCUACAGUUCUCCAAAAAGCAGCAUACUAUUAAGCGGUUGCGUGCGCAUUGUAGAAGGAUGAACAACAAGGUUAUAAGCAUGGAGCAGUUGUUGGAGCAACUGAAAAGCAAACACCUGGUGGAAGACGUUGAAAAUAGUCCAUUACAGGUAAAAUUCAGUUACUGAUCAACUGAAUAAAUCCGGCCGACUUUAAAAACUCAAUAAAAAUCUA